AUGAAUAACAAUAGUAACACUAAAUUGGAUGUUCUUCCAAAACUAAUGACUUCUUAUAAUAAACUCUUAGAGCCAGCUUACUUAAAGAAUAGCUAAAUAAAAAUGAACCAAAAUGAGAGCAAAUUAUUACCUAUAAUUCAGAGGAGUUCCAUGAUGUAGCCAAACGUGAGUUCUAAAUAAUUAAUAGUAUAGAGUAAGAUAGAAAUUGAACAAUAGGAUUGAUAAGCAAUUUAGAAUUUAGUUCCAGGCAUUUUGGUGCUGCUUGCGAUAGAGGUUUUUAAGGUUUGUCAAAAUAUCACUAUUCCCAAAAAUUUGGUCAUUCAGCUGCUAAAUUAGAACCACUUAAUAGAAAUAUUAUAGCUGAACUUACUGAUACAGAAGAUGCUGAAGAAAUUCCAAAAGAUGAGAGAACUUAUUAUAAAAGAAUAUAUAAAUUUAAGAACAUGCCAAUUUUAGCAUUAAUCAAGUCUUUUGAAAUAGAAUGGAUUAGAGAAUUUGAAGAUGAAGUUAAUAAAAAAUCAAGCAAAUCAUUAUAAUUAAGCUUUUAAAAUGCUCUUGCAAUAUUAAAUACAUUUUCAGAUCCAUUAGAAUUUUUCUAAAAAAAUCUCUAAUUACUUGAAAGAAAUUCUGUUGCUUUAAAAUAAAAAGGGUUGACUCAAUUGAAAUAUAAAGUUAAAUCUUUUGAGUAAGAAGAAUUCUAGAGAUUGAUUGUAAUAAAAAAUUAAUCAGGUUUAGGAUAUUUUAGAAUCAAUUUUCCAACUAUUUAACUUUAUUAGUAAGAAUAUUCUCAUAAUUAAACAAUUGAUUUAUCACCUAUUAGAUUAUAUGAAAUUGUAAAAAAUAAUUUUUUUGAAAUGACAACAAUUGUUGAAUAAUUUGAUUUCGAUAAAUUCUAAUUAUACGUAUCAAAUUAAAACAAGGAAAUUCAAGAAUAAUUAGAUGAACCAAAUAUUAAAUAAAAUAGCAAUAUCCUAAAAGCUGAAGAACAAUAACCAUCAAUUCAAAAUUAAUAACAAGAUAAAAAUGGAGAAUAAGAAUCUUAAAAAUAAUUAUAAAACAUUGAAUAAACAAAAAAUCAAUAUUAGGAAUAAGAUUAAGUAUAAACCUAAUAAUAAUAAUAAGAGUAAGGGAAAUAGCAAGAAUACAAUUUAUUGAAUAAUAUUUCUAACACUGAUCUUUCUAUAAUAAUAAUUGAUGGUAUUAAUAUAUAUUAAUAUAUAGAAAAACAAGAAUUUCCUGAAAAGAUAUUAUAAAAGAGAUGGAUCAAAAAGGUUGUUCCAAAAGAUAAUAAAUACUACACAGUUGAUUUUUUACCUUUUUAAAUUCUAGUGAGAGAAAAAAGAUCAUAAAAAAUAAUAAAGAUGUAUUCUCCAUCUCUCAAAGAAUUAGAUUUUAUAUUUUUACAAUUAAAUAGCAAAAGCUUAUUUUAAAUAUUGAACGAUUAUGUUUUGAUUACUUUUGAUAUGCCUCCUGAAGCAUUUGAUUAUAAAGAUUUUAAAAAAGGAACUAAAAUAUCAUUCCAGAUUGGUGAAAUAACUGAAUCACCUUUAGAAGUGACAGAAGAAUAAAUCAAUAAUGGUUUAUUAGACUCAUGGACUAAAGAAAUCGAAGUUAAUAACAAAGAUUUAUAGAUUAUUAUAGAGUACAAGAUUUGAAUAAAUUUAGACCUUGCAUGCUUGAAAUCUAUUAUUAAUUAACAUCAAGUACAAUUAAGAGACCCUGCACAUCAAAAGAAUUAACACAUAUUUUAGAAAAGAGAUAUUUAAUUGGAUUUAGAUUAAUAUGA